UUCAUCGCCCAAUAAGACGCAAAUGAGUUUCAAGUAAAGUAACAUUUUUUGCAGGACUAACCAGCAUUAAUUAGCAGAGUAAAUUACCAGGAACAGAUCACUGAAUGCGUGUCUAUAGAAUAAUGACUUGCGAGGUUUUCAAACCGAUGGCACCAAUUCAAUCGAGCACCUCGUCAAAAUCCUUUUUACCAGGCAAUUCACAAGUUAGAAACAGCGCUUCAUGCCACUCAGUAAAUGAGCUCAUCGUCAUACUAAAACUACAGUUUGAAUGCUUGACUGACCCUCCGACAGGGGCUACCAAGAAAACGUCUAUAUAACCACACUCACUGAAUGCAAGAAGAGUCUGCAAACCUCUGGCUCAGCAGAUGGAGAUUGCAUCUAGGGUCAUCCUGCUUCUCUUGUUGCCACUUUUUAACUUUGUUGUCGCCCAAAAUGCCUCUAGAGGAGCACAGGAAUUCCAUGUCGGCGGUAUCCUUGACUUGGAGACCAUGGUUGGCAAAAUAGCACGGACCAGCAUUUCAUUGGCUAUGGAGGACUUUUAUGCUGUUCAUCAGAACUAUAGCACCAAGCUAGUCCUCCACAUCAGAGAUUCCAUGAGGGAUGAUGUCCGAGCUGCAUCUCAAGCUAUUAACCUGCUGGAAGAUUACAAUGUAGAAGCCAUUGUUGGUCCUCAGAAAUCUUCGCAGGCUGUAUUUAUCUCAAAGCUGGGAAAUAAAAGUCACGUCCCAGUUAUAUCCUUCACAGCAACAAGCCCAUCUCUGUCAUCUAAAAGUCAUCCAUAUUUUGUGCGAGCAACACUAAAUGACUCAGCACAGCUGAAUUGCAUUGCCUCCAUAGUUAAAACCUAUGGGUGGAGAAAGGUCGUGACUAUCUAUGAAGAUACCGAGUAUGGGAGAGGUAUCAUACCGUACCUUGUCGAUGUCCUAGAAGACAUCGAUGCUCAUGUUCCCUACCAAAGUGUGAUCCCUCCAUCAGCAACUAGUGAACAAAUUACCCUAGAACUCUAUAAGUUGAUGACAAUGCAAACAACGGUCUUUGUUGUGCAUAUGUCAUUUACCAUGGCUUCCCGUGUCUUCAUCAAGGCAAAAGAAGUAGGGAUGAUGAACAAAGGAUAUGCAUGGAUCAUGACAGAUGGAGUAACCAAUCUCAUAGAUUCACUGAAUCCUUCUGUCCUAAAAUCAUUGAGUGGUAUCUUAGGUGUCAAGUUUUAUGUUCCCAAAUCAACGAAACUUGAUGACUUCACCACGAGAUGGAAUAAGAGAUUCCAAGCUGACAACCCAACUGAUUUACCGCUGAAAUUAAGCACCUUUGGACUGUGGAGCUAUGAUACAAUCAGGUUAGUAGCAGAAGCUGCAGAAAAAGUUGGACUUACCAAUGCCACGUUUACAAAACCAGGUGUCACAAGAAACUCAACAAGCUUGGAAACCUUGAAAACAUCUGGUAAUGGUCCAAAACUAUUACAAGAAAUCUUGCAGAAUCAAUUUGAAGGCCUCAGUGGCAAUUUUGACGUUUCAGACAGGCAGCUGCAAAUUUCAACAUUUCAAAUAAUAAAUGUGGUAGGGAAAGGAUGGAGAGAAAUUGGAUUCUGGACUGCACAAAAUGGAAUCUCACGGCAAUUAAAUAAAAGCAGACCUGCAACAGCACUUUCGGGAUCAGCGCGUGACCUAUAUCCUGUGAUCUGGCCAGGAGAGUCCAAAGAGGUACCCCGGGGUUCUCAGAUUCCUGUAAGAGGGAAGAAACUUCAAGUUGGUGUGUGCACAAGUGGAUAUCCAGAAUUUAUGAAGGUCGAAAAGGAUUAUAUCACAGGUGCAACUAAAGCAAGUGGUUUUUCAGUUGAUGUAUUUGAAGAGGCAGUUAAGAAACUUCCUUAUGCACUCCCUUAUGAAUAUGUAAUAUUCAGUACUACGGAUGAUCGAAGUAGCGAAGAUUACAAUGAUUUUGUCUACCAAGUUUAUCUUAAGAUAUAUGAUAUAGUAAUUGGAGAUAUAACAAUAAGGUAUAACCGAACUUUCUACGUCGACUUCACUCUGCCAUACACAGAAUCGGGAAUAGCAAUGAUUGUUCCAGUAAGGGAUAGCAUAAACAGGAACACAUGGAUUUUCUUGAAGCCACUAGCACCUGGCAUGUGGUUUGGAAGCGUUGUAUUCUUUAUCUACACCGGCGUGGUCGUAUUGAUAUUGGAAUUUCUAGGAAACAACAAGAAUGUUCGUGGGCCAAUUCCCAGCCAGCUGGGGAUUAUGAUCUUUUUCUCCAUAUUUGAAGGGAAAGAGCUUGUGCAACGCUUUCUGUCCCGGAUAGUUUUGAUUGUUUGGCUAGUAUUUCUGAUGGUGCUUACAUCAAGUUACACUGCGAGCUUGACAUCAAUGCUAACUGUGCAACAGCUUCAGCCAACAGUAACAGAUGUGCAUGAACUCCUACAAAGUGGAGAAUGUGUAGGAUAUCAACGUGGCUCAUACGUAAAGGGACUUUUAGAAGAGCUCGGUUUUGACAGGUUGAAGAUCAAGCCCUACGAUCCUGAUGAUUUUCAUGAAGCACUUUCCCGAGGAAGCAACAAUGGUGGUAUUGCUGCUCUUGUGCAUGAGGUUCCGUACAUUAAACUAUUCCUGUCAAACCACUGCAAGGGAUACACAAUGGUGGGACCAAUUUAUAAGGCUGCAGGUUUUGGAUAUGCAUUAUCAAAGGGAAAUCCCUUACUUAGGGACAUCUCAAAUGCAAUCCUCAACGUAACCGGGGGGGAUACUAUGAUCCAGAUUGAGAAGAAAUGGAUUGGGGAUCAAAACAAUUGCCAGAAUGUUGGCCCUCUCACUGGCUCAAGCACACUCACAUUUGCCAACUUCAGGGGAUUAUUCAUACUUACUGGAGUUGCUUCAACUUCUUCCCUUUUGAUAGCAUUGAUAAUUUAUUUCUACAAAAAGAAGCACAAGACAACAAAGAUCAUGUUAGACAAUACAAAUCUACCAGAAGAAAAUGGAAUAAAUGAGGAAAACAGUGAACUGCAAGAAGGAAAUCAAGACUCAACAGGAGUUGAACAAAAUACACAGCGAGCAGGGCAAGAGGAAAAUGGGCUAGAACAACAAACCAGUUUAGAAAUGGCAGCUGAGACAAGCAUUGUUAUGUCCAGAAAUGGGUCAACUGUCAUUUCCAGAGGUAAAAGAACUACUGGCCUGCAAGUGGAGCUCAUGUGAAGUCCAGUACAUUUUUAGAUCAUCUGUUCUCACAGUGAGCUUAGCUAAGAGUUAUUUGCGCCAGGGUUUAAACUUGUAACCACUUAGAACUGCAGAAUCUCACUUUAUUUCAUUGGAUACCUAUCUCAUGUUUUUCUCAAAUACAGCUUGAAUAAACCCACAUCCUUAUUGCAUUUUCAAACUGACCAGUUGCAUUUUAGUAGCAGGCUUCCUUUUGCCAUGAUUCCCUUCUGAUCCGUGCAAUUUAAAUAAAUUCUCUAUUCUUAAAUAGUUGCAACCCAUUUUUCCUCUUCAUGCAACCAUGCCACAUCAUCAAGUCAUGCAUGUGGUCAUAAGUUGCAAUCUGUGCA